AUGUCAACCCGACUGUUCACCGAGGAACGCGAUGUGAUUUUGGACCCACUCAAGGCGCACCGGUGUCGCUUGAUCAAAGACAAAGAGGAGUUCGAGCCGAUGACUCGAGCGAGUGAAAUCAUGUUGACUGCCGAGGAGCCCUCCAUACGAACUUACUUUUGUGCGAAAAGCGUUGUGACGGAUUACAUACGGAAUCACCCCAAUGAUCCGCGUGGCUACAAGGAACUUGGCAAAGUUCACCUGUACAGUUGUGUGCCUGAGAAUAUCGACUUGGCAGAAGAAGCCUUCAAGAAAGUCCAAUCACUCUCAGGCAAUAUCGAUGCAGAGGGAUGGUACUUGUGGUCUAUGUGCCAUCGGAUUCGCAUGUUCGGUUGUGGUAGCACCAGUCAGCGGUCGGACGAAAGCAAAACGUUAAACCUUCAAAACGGAAAAAGAUAUCUUAGACUUACCGAAAAAGGGCUGAAGCUGGCCCUGAAACACUCCAACGGGUCGAACGUUUAUCGUUUUGCGCUAUCUGACUUUUACAGCUCUACGAACCGGCUGUCAAAAGCACUAUCCACGCUUCAAUCUGGUAUCUCAGCCUCCCAACAAACUCAAGUAGAUGCAGCGAUCUUUCACCAACUUGGCCGAUUUGGAAUAUCUUGUAUAAAUGGCUUACAGGAAAGAGGCCGACAAGAUGGAGCGAAAGAGGUUGGCAUGGGUGCAUUGCAAUAUUAUCGACAGGCAAUCGAAAUCGGGGGAAAUGACACGGAAGAAUGGAAGGCCGAACUUGCUAAUGCGGAGUUGAUAGUGGAUCAAUUGGUUGAACAAACUUCCGACUUAGCAGACUUUUCCACCGAGCCAGACUUUAAUCCAUCAGGCCCUAUCUCCUUGAAACGCUGGCUUACUGCCUCACCCGUAUCCACUCAACAGGGUGAUGACUCCUUGUCCCCAGAAGAAGCCGACGUUUCUGGACGAUUAUCGGACCCAAUUUCGAAAGAAUCGGCUGCGAACCUGACUGAGUUUCUCGAUAGGAUUGAAAAUCAAGCCCAAACUUACCAGAACGGUGAUCCGGAUGGCUUGAUCGAGAACUUCAGAUGGCCUCACCCCCCGUCACGGUUAGGAGAGCCUCGGUUGCCAUCUCACCAACCUGGUCCAUCUAUGAAUCCUUGCCGGAGGAAUUGGGGCGAUUCUGUGGGACCGACCAGCUUCCUCUCAGGCCCUUGUCAUUUGGCAGAGCGGAAAUCGAACAACAGACCUUUACCUGAUUCUUACAACUUGACGUCAAGGUAUACUGUUGAUGAAUUCGACGAGGAUGAACUUAUUCCUUCACCAUUAGUCAAGUAUCGAGUAAAAAGCUAA